UCUACUCUUGUACUUAGGUCAACUUCCCGUGGUGCUUCCGCGCUGGUCCUGCAGAGCGCUGACCUCCGGCAGCAGCCAUGUCCUCCCGGCCGUUUGAGAGCCCGCCUCCUUACAGACCCGAUGAAUUCAAGCCGAAUCAUUACCCACCGAGCAAUGACAUAUAUGGGGGCGAGAUGCACGUGCGACCGAUGCUGUCCCAGCCGGCGUAUUCCUUUUACCCGGAAGAUGAGAUUCUUCAUUUCUACAAAUGGACCUCCCCGCCGGGAGUGAUCCGCAUCCUGUCUAUUCUCAUCAUCGUGAUGUGCAUUGCCAUAUUUGCCUGCGUCGCCUCCACGCUUGCCUGGGACAGAACGUACAGUACUGGCCUGCUGGGAAGUGGCAUAGGCUACCCCUACGGAAGCGGUUUUGGAAGCUAUGGCUAUGGCUAUGGCUAUGGCUACGGUUACGGCUACGGCGCCUACACGGAUCCGCGAGCGGCCAAGGGCUUCCUGCUGGCCAUGGCUGCCUUCUGCUUCAUCUUUGCCCUGGUGGUAUUCAUUACCAGUGUGAUCAGAUCGGAAAUCGCCAGGACGAGAAGGUACUACUUGACUGUGAUCAUAGUGAGUGCCAUCCUGGGCGUCCUGAUGUUCAUUGCCACCAUCGUCUACAUCAUGGGGGUCAACCCGACGGCCCAAGCGUCCGGAUCUAUGUACAGCUCACAAAUAUAUGCUCUCUGCAACCAGUUCUACGCGUCUACAGUCUCAAGCCUCUACGUGGAUCAGUAUUUGUACCACUACUGUGUGGUGGAUCCCCAGGAGGCCAUUGCCAUUGUACUAGGGUUCUUGAUUCUUGUGGCUUUUGCUUUAAUCAUUUUCUUUGCUGUGAAAACUCGAAGAAAGAUGGACCGCUACGACAAAUCCAACAUUCUAUGGGAGAAGGAGCGCAUGUAUGACGAGCAGGCCCCCAAUGUUGAAGAGUGGGUCAAAAACGUGUCUGCCGGCACGCAGGACAUGCCCCCGCCGCCGUCAGACUUUGUGGAGAGAAUGGACGGCUCCGUGGCCUACUCUUCCGAUGGCAAGCUGAACGGCAAGAGGCCUUACCCAGAAUCUUCCUACAAGUCAACCCCGCUGGUGCCGGAGGUGGCCCAGGAGCUUCCGUUGACUGCAUCCAUGGACGGCUUCAGGCAGCCCCGUUCCAGCAGCAGUGGGAACUUGGAGACCCUACCCAAAAAGGGCCCCACCAAGGGAAGAGCGGGGAGGCCCAGGAGGUCCGAGCAGGACCACUACGAGACGGACUACACAACUGGUGGCGAGUCCGGUGACGAGCUGGAGGAGGACUGGGUCAGGGAGUACCCGCCUAUUACGUCGGAUCAACAGCGGCAGCUCUACAAGAGAAACUUUGACAGUGGCCUGCAGGAGUACAAGAGCUUGCAAGCAGAGCUCGAUGAGGUCAACAGAGAGCUUUCCCGCCUCGAUAAGGAACUGGACGAUUAUAGAGAAGAGAGUGAGGAGUACAUGGCGGCUGCUGAUGAGUACAACCGGCUGAAGCAGGUGAAGAGCUCCGCAGAUUAUAAAAAUAAGAGGAACUACUGCAAGCAGUUGAAGAGCAGACUGUCGCACAUCAAGAAGAUGGUUGGGGACUAUGACGGGCGGAGAACAUAGAAGGGCACGUGCUGUGGUGCUCAAGGACCCAGGUGUGGGCUGGAAAUCUCCGGGGUGUUUGACGAAGGGGCACGGCUCUGGAUGCUCAACAGGAAGCCGUGCUCCGUGACCGUCACAGCAUUUUGGUAGCUUUAACAUCAUCAGUAUUGAAGCAUUUUUA